AUGAACACACUCAAAUAUUUGAUUGGCAAAAUAGUACCAAAAGAAGUCUCUAUUAUACAAGUCGUACGCGAAAAUACAGGUGUCAUUAGUUUAAACGGCAACGAUUGCUUAUGGAUUGAAAAGUUAGCACUUGCAAAUCGCGUUGUUGAAAAUGAAAUUUUUCCAACGUACGAUACAAAACUGAAUUUUGACUAUUUGAAUGUUCAAUCGUACAUUAUACGAACAUACUUACUUCUCUGUCAUAUCAAAUACCAAGAUAUUGCUCAAAAGUAUAUGUAUUUUGUACCGCGAAAAAUUAUGAAUGCUGUCACAAUGGCCGAUGAUGAAAUGUUCAAGUUGAACGAAAACUAUUCGAUUCCACUCGAAACCGAUUGGGAUCAUUUAAAUGAAAUGCCAAUCGAUCAGCUUUAUCACAGUUACAAUGUCUUAAGACAAAUAGCUUCCACAUUAAAAAAUGAAUCAAAUGACCGAUCGAUUAUGGAUUUGCACGAUUAUAUUGAAACAAUCGAAGACAAAGAUCUAAUUGUUCCCAAAAUGCAAGAAUGCAAAGUUCAAAAUUUUCAACUCUGUCACAUGAACCAUGUAAGCAAAUUGUACAAAGGUUUGGUCGGAAGAUUCGAACACUUAUUCACAGAUACUUCUUCACUACUUCAAAUACCAAUAUCAACCGAACUAAGUAAUCAGCUUAAUGAUAGACUGAAAAAAGAACUGAUCAAUAUCGAUAAUAAUAUUGGUGAUAAGACUAUGAUCAUUCAAAAGAUGGAAUCAAAUAUGCAAGAUAUCGAUCAACUUUUAGAUGAAUUAAAAGAAAUGGAAGAAACACUUGUCGAAACAGGGACUGCAACGGUAACUAAAAUGUGCAAGGAUUACCUGAUUAAAAGCCCACUCUUGCAAAUAAUCGGUGAAGAGAUCCAAUGUAGAAACUAUGUAUCUUUGAAUAUUAUACUGAUUCAAAUUCGAUACAAAUUGCAAGAAAAAAUAAUUAAUAUCGAAGCAGCAAAUACAAAACAAUGGAAUGAAAAUUUCGAUGAAGCAUCAAAUCAAACCGAACAGCAGAAUAGAAGGAAUCGCUUUUGUCCGAUUGAAGGCGACGACACUGAACAAGAUGAUGCCAGUAUAUUCAAAGGUUGUAUUAAACAUCGAGAUUCAGAUGAUAAAGCAAAUGAAAUUGUCGACGAACCAUCUUCGCCAUUAGUGGAAAAUGUUGAAAUUCCGUCGCUAUUUGAAUUGGCCAUCGAACCUAUUCCGAUAGCAUCAUUGCCAUCGAUUUUAGCAGACUGUGAUCAAUCGAACACAGCAUCAGGGCCUCAGAAGAAGGUUCACAAGUUUGAUAUUAAAAGACAACCUGAUGGGAAAUUUGAUAGUUAUACAUGCAAAAUUGAAACGAUCUACACUAAAUUAAAAGACCAUAUGACCAAGAAGAAGUACGACAUAAAUAAGAAUGUUGUCGUCGACAGUAAUAAAAUAUUUAUCGAUUUUACAAGAACAGAUGCUCGUCUUCCCAAUCCAUUGCCUUUAGAAUAUGAAAUUGUCGAAAGAACUUUAUUAGUUCCAAUCCGACUUCUGCAAGGACAAGAAGAAUUCGAAUAUUUGGCAUUAUCCGAUUGUAGUGUUCUCAGUAUCAUCCGUCGUUUCGUAGAUGAGCACGAUCGAAAGCCGUCAUCAUCCGAAUUUCGUUAUUGUUUCUGUGACGAACUCGGAAGAUACAUCGACAAUGGGACGAUUGUAGAACUCUCUCGAAUGAAUCGGGAUAUCCCAAUCGUUAUUGUAGUCACAGAAGAAAAUAUGCAAGGCAGUGUCUUCUAUGCUGUUACCCUACGAACAAAAGAAGGUCAAGAACAAAAGAGCCUGUUUCAUCCCACGACGAAAUGGCAAAAUAUCGAUAUUUGGCGUAAAACUCAUUUGCAACAAAUCGAUUCAUCAUGUGUCUUCUGGAAUCAAAACAAUAAAACUAUCGUUGAUGAAAAUCAAUCGAUAUCGAUGUUAGAAGAAAAUUCGAUAGCAUUAGAUGGCAUCAGUCAAGAUCAAAUACGAGAUGUUACUUUCUUAUUUGGCUCGAAAACACAAGUUAUUCGAGCCCUCAAAUCGAUCCGAAUUCAUGAUCUGCUGAACAAUGGUAAUCUUCAACAAUUGAAUCUGCAUGUUUCACCGAAAGACUGCAUUCUCAUGCUGGGUGAAAGCGAUGAUCAAAUACUGUCUACAAGCGAUAUGCAAAAAUCACUUGAAGAGUACGUCCAACCAAUUCAAUUUCGAAUAUCGGUAAAAUUUAAUGUGUUUCAAUACGAUAUACAAAGAAAUAUAGAAAUAAGAAUUACAGAUAGUGAUAUAACUGUGGAUCAAGUGUUACACAUGAAAGAAAUAACAAGUGAUGCUUACAAAUAUUUGACAUCAAGUGAUAGAAAUAUAAUUAUUGCUAAUGAUCAAAAGAUUGCCGAUUUAAAUCAAACCGAAUUUAUUGUUCUUAAGGAAAAUGAAACGUGUUACGUUUCGAUUGAAAAUUCAAUCGAUGCACAAGUCGAUGGUAGUAAUACACGAUAUGCAAUAUUUGCAACUAUUGCUGAUGUUUUGAAAAACAGUAACAUUAGCGUUGGAUAUCUUCUGCAUUCGAAUGAUUUCGUUCCUUCGGCAGAGACUAAGCUGACAUCAUUUAUAUCGCCGAUUCAAUUUCAAGUUAUCAAGGAUAAUUUACCGAUUGUUGUUACAAUCGUCAAUACGGAACAAGGAAAUUGCUCGAUUACAUUUAACUGCUCCAACUCUAUCACUGUAGAACGCAUAUUUAAGAUUUCAUGCGAACUACUAAAUGUAGAUCAGCGUCACUACUGCUUGAAGCAUAACGAUUCUGAGAUAGAUGUUGAAAUGAGUCUAGAAGAUCUCGAACCGGCAUUGAAUAAUUUUCAUUUUCAAUUAAGUUCUACGUUCGACAUGAAAUGUUCAAUACGAUACAAUAAUGAAACAUUUAGACUACCGUGCUCUAAAGACGCAACGACGAUGGAUCUUGCAAAAGAGAUAUUUCAGAAAUUUCAUAUUUCCGAUGAAGAAAUUCAUCAAUUCGAAAUACAACUGAUUUUGAAUGAUGACACAAAAUCGGCAUUGGAUAUGGAUCUUGCAAUUGAGGAUAUUAUUUCACUUCAUUUUGAGAAUGAAGAGACACCGAUUUUACUAUUUGAAUUAACGAAGAAAGUCGAAUAG